AUGCCGCCCAAGAAGCCCGAGCCCAAGAAAGCAGAGCCCAAGAAAGAGGAGCCGAAGGCCGCCCCCAAGCCGGCCCCUCCGCCCCCGGAGCCAGAGCCCCCGAAGGAGGUCGAGUUCAACCCAGCCAACAUCAAACUUGAAUUCAAUCAUGACCAGAUUGAAGAAUUUAGGGAAGUCUUCGAGCUCUUCGACAGAACUCCGCAGGGGGAAUUGAAAAUCACAUAUGCCCAGUGUGGUGACGUUUUGAGGGCCUGCGGACAGAACCCCACCCAGGCAGAAGUUCUCAAGGUCCUUGGACGACCCAAACCAGAUGAAAUGAACUCCAAGAUGCUGGACUUUGACACCUUCCUUCCUAUGCUCCAACAUGUUUCCAAGACUAAAGACACGGGCACAUUUGAGGAUUUUGUGGAAGGUCUCCGGGUUUUCGACAAGGAAGGAAAUGGCACUGUCAUGGGAGCUGAACUCCGCCAUGUUUUGGCAACUCUUGGAGAAAGACUGACCGAGGAGGAAGUUGAUAAGCUCAUGGCCGGCCAGGAAGAUUCCAAUGGCUGCAUCAAUUACGAAGCAUUUGUGAAGCACAUUAUGGCAAACUGAAUGUCAGGAUGUUUCAAAAGGAACUGGGCGCUGGAAUGCAUCUGCUGUUUCCAAAAGGAAUAACUGAUUUAAUGCCCUGAAUUGUAUUGUGUUUGUUUCUGGAAUGGGUAUUUUCCCCUCCAUCUUGCCUCCUCUUGUCUGAAUACCCAUGGUGCUUCCUCUGCUUGGAACAGCCCUGCCUACUCCUUUUGCAUCAACCAACUCUCUGCCUUACUCCAACUUCAGCUGCCAUCUGAGUUCUCGCCAUCUUCCUCAACCAUUUGGAAGUCUAUCUUCUCUCCCGUCUUCUCCUCAUCCCCUUCUCAAGACAACCCCACUGAGCCAGAAGGUUGUGACUUAGGGGUUCCAGCAGUACACUGCCGAAUCAGCUUGAAAUUGGAAGUUACCUACCACCAGUAGUAACAGGAUAGUAGUUUACUACUAUGUGUAGUUUCAUAGUAGCUAACUACUAGUAGUCACUAUUAACUGUCUUCAGGGACACAUACACUGAAGGUACACGAACCUUUUGCAACCUUCAGCUGCACUGAAAUCAGGAGAUGUUGCAUAAAGACUGCUAGCUUCAGAAAUACCUUCAGAGACUCGGUAGUUCCCUCUGGUCGCCUUAGCUUGCAAAGAAAUCCAAGUUUCUUUCAGACUUGCUGGAUCAGUGGGUGCCAGGGUACCCCAUAGGCCCAAGUGAGCAGCCCUGGAAAUCAGAGACCCCAGAACAGAGCUUUUGCUGAAAAACCCAGAAGAGAAUUGUGGAAAGGAAGACCUCCACGGCUGUUUCAGUUUGUCUUUUUGGGAAAUGAGGCGAUAGGAAAAGAGACAGUGCCUCUGAGAAUAAGACAUGUGUUGCACUUCCAGGCAGCCUGAUAGGAAAGUGCUGCCCAUUCCAGCCCCUCUGUGUCUCUUCCUACAGGUAGCGGCUGAAACUCCUGAAAGCCACUCUUUGGCCAACGCUUUCCCACCAGGGAUGCUUAGCAGUGCAAGGUGGAUGCUGGGGCACGACUAUACUGCAGACUUGCCCAGUUGUGUCCUGUUCAAUGGGUUACCAUCCAGUUUUACACUGCUAAGAAUGGAAGAGGAAAGCUUGCUUUCAGCUAGUUCCAGCCAGUGGCAUAUUUCCGCCAUCGCUCCAGAAUGGCCGCCCAUGUCUCUCCUCCAACGUGGCAACUCCUUAGUGUAAGAAUGGUAUCUCGACAGAGGCAAAGCAUCAGGACGAAGCGUCGCUUUGUGUCAUCAGCCCAGACGAAACGAUUCCUUCUAGAUGGCUCCAUAUUUAUUGUAGAACUUCUCAUUAAA